AUGAAGACCGCACUCGCCACCAUCACUCUCCUGGUCCUGGCUCUUGGCUGGACUUCUCAGGCCGUGCAAGUUGAAGAAAAUGGGUUGUCGUUCUCGCUGGAAGCCGUCAAAAGGCUUCAGGAGCUGACGGAGAGCAGGGGCCCAACAGGACAGCAAAGCCCACGACUCAAGGCGAGCUCCGUGUCCCUUUGUGCCGACCCCAUGCUCCCUCAGGAGUUCCUGCCUCUCUGUAAGCAGAGGGGAGCGUCCGCAUCUCUCGCCAGACUAGCUGUGGUUCCCAUCGACGUCUGUGAGAUCUGCGCCUUUGCUGCCUGCACUGGCUGCUAA